CUCAACUUCCGGCUUUACCGCUGAAGCCUUGGCACUAAUUUAUAAUGCUAUAAAAAACAAUAUAUCAAACUUCUGAGAUUCUGUGUUGAUCGUCCAAUAUUAUCGGGUCAUCAUGAUCAUCAGAUCACAGUGCUUCAUCUGUAUGUUAACAGUGCUAAUAAAUGCAGUGUCUCCUUUGGACACUGUAGAGGGAGUUAUUGGUGGUUCUGUUGUCCUGCCGUGCUCUUCAGCUGAACCUGAUGUUAAAGUUCAAGAUUGUAUUGUGUUUUGGAGACACAAUAACAGCAAGAUCGUGUAUGAAAUUGUCAAGGGUAAAGAUUCACUUGCAGAACAGGACCAACAGUACAAGGACAGAACUGACUCUUUCCCUAUGGAGUAUUCCAGAAGAAAUUUCUCCAUCAAACUCAACAAACUACAACACAUGGAUACAGGAGAGUUCAACUGCUUCAUCACACCCACAGAUGAAUAUAAGACUGUACAGCUGAUCAUCAAAGAUCAAAAAAGAAACCCAUCAAUUAAUCCAGGAGCAACAAUUAAUCCAGGAGCAACAAUUGAUUCAGGACCAACAAUUAAGAAGACUUCAUCUUCCUUGCACUGGCUUUGGAUUUUAUUACCCGUAGCAAUUGUUUUAGUAGCCUUAAUCAUAAUUUACUGGAGAAAACGUAAAGCUCCUUCAUUCUCAGGUGUCACAACUGAAGACAAAGAACACUGACACAAAUGGAGCAGGUAAAGUUAAGUUCCCACUAUCAGUCCAAAUCCUAUUAUUUGUGCGUCUGAUUGAUUAUUAAUGUUGUGUGAUGAUAAGGCUGAACAAUGUAUUGUUUGAGCUUCGAUAUCACAGUGUGAGUAUCUGCAAUAGUCCCAUUGCAGGAUAAUUUUUAUUUUUUUAAUUUUAAGAUUAAAGUUAAAGAUAUUAUUUAUUUAUACAAUGAUGACUAUUGUUACUUUACAUUUGAUUGCUACAUUAUUAGAUUUGUUUACUGUUAGACUCCCUAGAAUAAAAAGCAACAAAAGCAACUGUUUAUUUAACUUUUAUAUUUGCUCUGUCGUAUUUAUAUAGUUGUAAUUUAUAUUUUAUGCAGGCGUAAUGCAUAGAAAAGACUUGAUCACCCCAGUCAAUCUAAAUAAAAAAAAUCUUUAAAAUUAAAGCUAUUCAAAUCAUCUAGUGAAAUUAUAUAUAUAUCACAAUAAAUAUCGCAGAAAAACAAAAUGUUGUAACCAGGUGGAAGACAGCAUGUUAACACGUUUAAAAGGAUAUGCACGAUUCAUGCAUUUUCCAAAAGCAUUUUUAGCCAACAAUGGUCCCAAACUCUGUACCCAAAAAAAAAAAACGUUUCAACAAACAUUCACAAACAGAAUUAUCUGGUUGCAGCCUAUUAUUAUUGCUUCUUUAUAUAUAUUAUAGACUAUUAUAAGCAAGCUUACAAUCAGUACAGUGUCUUUCAUUUCAUAUCAUACAGUUCAUUCUGCAUCUUUUAGUUUAUUAGGAGAGUUAAAGAGCUUUCAAGAGUGCAAGUGUUAAUGUGCUUUAGUAUUACAGCGAGUACACAAAAAAAAGAUUACUGCUGCUCGUUCAAACUACCUGUUUAAAAUGAGCUACAACAACACAAGUCUUGUAAUUUCUAUGUCCAAUUUAUUUGUCUACUUAAAUUUGUAAACCAUUAGGUUAAAUUAAGCAUGUUGUGCUACCUAGGGUAUUUGUAGUUCCCAACAUGCUUCGCGUGGGAUUGAAUUAGGAGAGGGAAAUGUUGACAAUAGAAGUAAUCUUAGGUGUUUAAAGUUAAUAGAAAGACUUGUUAUGGUUUAAUCUUCACUUAAGUUUGAAGAUUUGGAAGAUUUUAAUGUAAUGCUUUGAGUUCUAAUAACUCAUUUAUUUUAUCUUUGCCAUGAUGACAGUAAAUAAUAUUUGACUAGAUAUUUUUCAAGACACUUCUAUACAGCUUAAAGUGACAUUUAAAGGCUUAACUAGGUUAAUUAGGUUAACUUGACAGGUUAAGGUAAUUAGGCAAGUUAUUGUAUAACGAUGGUUUGUUCUGUAGACUAUUGAAAAAAUAUAGCUUAAAGGGGCUAAUAAUUUUGACCUUAAAAUGGUUUUAAAAAAAUAUUCUAACCGAAAUAAAACAAAUAAGACUUUCUCCAGAAAAAAAAAUAUUAUCAGACAUACUUUGAAAAUUUCGUUGCUUUGUUAAACAUCAUUUGGGAAAUAUUUAAAAAAGAAGAAAAAAAUCUAGGGGGGCUAAUAAUUCUGACUUCAACUGUACGUAACUCCCAAAGUACGCUUAAAACGGUUCUUUUAGUUCAUUUAAGAUAACUGCGAAUAAAAUUUGAGACUUUGAAAUGUACAACACAUAAUAGACAUACAUAUUAUCAGAUCUUUGAGUUUGUUAAAUAAAAUGCAAAUGUGUUUAAACUUUUAUUUGAUAAAAUCAUGUUGCACCAAAUGUUGCAUUUAAUUGUGUAAAUAGUUUUUUUAGUUGGUGCUAAACACAUUUAUUGGAUGGAAUCAAUUAAAUUGAGUACAUCCAAUAAGUGUUUUUUUUUUUUUUUUUUUUUUUUUUUUUGAGUGUACCGGUAUGUUGAUCCAAACUAUUUAAUUAGCAGAAGUUGUCACUUCACUACCUGCAUGACAUUACUGAUAACAGCAAUGUUCAAGUAUUUUAUCUGUGUUUUAAACCAAAAAUUAUUUAAUGGACCAUGGUAAUUUCUGAAUGAAUUAACCACUUGAAAGAAUUGACUGAAUGGUUUAGUAAUUUCAUGAAACCAUUUACCUUCACCUACUCUCACUUUAGUCUCAUUUUAAAAGCUGUAUUACAGAGUAAAGCUUGAGUUAAACAUUUCAUGUUAAAGUGGUUGGUUCGGGGUUGGUUCAGUUCCCUCAGCUGAACAGAUACAGUGGAAGUAAAGGACUGAACACGGAGACUGGACAGCCUAAUUUAACCCAAUGCGUGAAGUUGUGGACGAGGAGCUUUUUUAUUCUUUUUUUAAAAUUUAUUAUUUUUUAAAAAUUACGGAUCAUUUGAUGCGCUUUGGUCAACUCUCUGCAUUACGCUGCCUAACUGCCUGUCAGGAUUUCAACCAUGGUUUCAACCAGGUCCGCUGCUGACUUAAUGGAGGCGGGGAGUUACACUUUUCACUACUACAGCCCUCACCUCUUCUCGUGUUCAAACCAAACUAAGAUCAGUGCCUUUUUUUAAAUGGCAGUUCUUUAUGUCCUUUAUAUUCAUUGAGAGAUCGAGUUGAUCGACUUGAAAAGAGAAUAUGUCUUGACAUAAUCCACACAGACGUGACUUAGUAAUGCGUGAAGUCAUGUAUUAUUUUAAUUGUUGCAUUAGUCUGAAUGGAAAUCUCCUUGUCAGGCAGCGCUGGAGCAGUGUGAGAGAGUGGACCACAGCGCAUCAAACAAAAAGUAUUAACAAAAGAAAAAAUACACAACUUAAGACAACUUAAAUACUUGUAUUUGCACCAGCUCUGCGAUGCACGUCCACAACAUUAUGCAUUAGGUUAAAUUAGGCUGUCCAGUCUCUGUGCUCAGUUUGUUACCAGCAUGAUUGAAACCCAGAUAGGCAGUCAGGCAGCGUAAAACAGAGAGUGAACCAAAGAGCGUCAAAUGAUCAGUAAUAAAAGGGAAAAAAGAAAAAUAGGAAAAAUAUAUAUAUUUUUUAUGUUAGACACACAUCUGAUGCUUGUAUUUGCAGCAGCUCCACGUCCACAACUUCACGCAUUGGGUUAAAUUAUGCUUUACAAUCUCCUUUACUUCCGCUGUAUCUGUUCAGCUGAGGGAACUGAACCAACCCUGUGACGUCAGACACAGCGACAUUUCAAGAUGGCAGAGCCCUAGCUCUAAAAUUAAAACUAAAAAUAAAACAUGCCAUUUUCUUCUAAAUGAUUACAUUAUUGGAGUUUGUUUAUUAUAUUUUUAUUAAAGUGGAAUCCAAUGUACAAAAUACUGUAAACUUAUUUACAGCACUUAGAGUCCUUCAUCUCCCCUUUAAAUCACUUUGGCAGAACUUGUUUCAUUUUGCCAAAAGUUUUCCAUCAAUACACUGUGCUCUGAUUUAAUUAGCUGCUUAAAUACUAAAGUGCUAUCUAUAUCUAAGUAAUUGCACUGAAACAUUUCUAGAAAUGCAAUUCAAGUAGAAUUUCAAACCACAUACAGUGAAAGGUUAGCUUAAUUUUGUUUUCUUUUUGAGUGUUCAAGUUUGAUAAAUAUGAUCAGCUUACAAACAUCAGAUAUGCACAAAAAUUGGAUUUGGACUGACAGUCUGAACACUUUAAAGAUAUUUUUUUCCCACUUUGUAUUACUUUUCUUGGCUGUUUUCAUCUCAUGCUUUAUAUUUUAUUAUUGAAAUUAAAAAUAAAGGUUCCAAAUAUUCCUUCCUAAUAAUGCCAUCAAAUGAGUAAUUCUGGCUAGCUAGAUACUUAAAAAUAAUUUUUAUAAUAUUACUUCUUUCUGUUCUGUCUUCAUUUUAUAUGCACGUUAAAUAUAAAUGAAUACUGUUAUAUUUGAGAAAUAAUGAAUGACUGAAUCUGUGUUUUGAACAAAUGAUUCAGUGGUUCAUUUAAAACAGCCAUUUAUUAUUAAUAUCCAAAUGAAUCAACCCUUUGAAAUAAUUAAAUAAGGACUCAAUGAGUUGAUGAUUAAAACAUUUACUGCCACCUACUAGCAGUUUUAGUUUCAUGUAGUGCAUUAUUUCAUACAGAUGUUAUGUUAAACACUGAAAUUCGUGUCCUAAAUGGCUGGUUAAAUUAAUUUGCACACACACACACAGUAGUCAACAAGUGCAUCAAAAAAAAAAAGAAAAUGGUCUAAAACUAUUGAAAAACACAUUCUUGUCUUGGAUCAAAAAACUGUGUAUAUGUGUGUGUGUGUGUAUGUAUGUGUAUAUGUGUGUGUGUGUGUCUGUGUAUGUAUGUAUGUGUGU